AUCCAUACGAGAAGCACUUGGGCAUCGCCACAAGACCGUGUGCACAAAUUAACUUGCGACAGUUCUCCAUAGACGCAUUUUCACCAUUGUUUUCAAAAUAAUCUAGUUAAUUCUUCCCUUAUCUUCAACUUCAAUUGGUUUUACUUAACUUGUCAUGUUAUCAUGUCGUAAGUUUAUACGCAGUAUUCUCACUAACUAGAUCAAUUGCGUCCUUUACAUGUUUGAAUUUGUGGGUUCAAUAUCAAUGCUAGUACAAUGCUACUGAUACCCGUUUUUAUUUUGCCGUUUUGGCUUUCAUCUUUUCUGGAAAUGCGUUUACCUCAACGCAAAAUUCUUACAACACCGGAUUGUUUUCAUCGAUACCAACUAAAGUUUAGAAUUUAUUUUUGAUUUUACUUUAGAUCGUUAAAAUUAUGUCUACUGUAGACUUGGUGAAGCAGCCAUUGGAGACAAAAGGGGAACCAAAGUCAUCAAAAUGGUUGGAUGCCUACCAUGAUCCAGUUGCUUCCUUAUACACAUUUACACAGUGUAUUACACUCUCGGACAUACAAGCUGAUGGUGAUUGGAAAUUGAUCAUUGCUGAUCUUGGAACAGGCUCAUUUAAUAUGAAGCUUAAAGUUUACAAAGGGACAGACUUACUGAGUGAGAACACCAUCAUUGACCUUCCAACUGGUGUGGUAACCUUCUAUAUGGAUACACAUGAGCCCAGAACACCAGCUAUUGCAGUAGCUUCUGGACCAUUCAUUUACAUCUACAAGAACUUAAAGCCAUAUUUCAAGUUCACCCUUCCACCUUUGGAGGUGAACUCUGUUGAGCAAGAUCUGUGGAACCAGGUGAUAGAGGGCAGAAUGAAUGUGUUUGUGUUGAGAGAAAUGCUUGAAGGAAUGAGGUCCGACGGAUCCACCCUGACUGUGCGAUCGCUGCGCUACCUUCAACUUACAGAUCCUGGGGAUAUGUCGCAGUUUUUUGAGGUGUACAAGAACACUCCCCUCAAACGGCAGACAGUUAUAACAUGUUUAAACACCCUGAAGAAGUCCAUGGCAGACGAGGAUGCCAUCAGCUGCUUGGUUUUAGGGACGGAGGAUAAGUCCAUCUAUGUGCUUGACCCCGAGGCUUUUACAGUGCUAGCCACGAUGAGUUUACCGAGUGUGCCAGUAUUCCUGAGCGUGACGGGAAUGUUCGAUGUGGAGUACAGGAUUGUGGUCGCUUGCAGAAAUGGAACCAUAUAUACGCUGAGAAGGGGUCAAGAAGAUGUGACGAAGAAUGCGGUGGAGUUAAGUUCUCAGAUUGUAGGAAUGGAGAGACUGAACAAGACCAUCUAUGUGGCCUGUAUGGAUCAGACACUCAAGUGCUUCUCAUCAAAGGGUAAGAAGAUGUGGACAGUGAAGCUUCCGAAGGCGAUCACAACCAUCGAGGUAGUUGACUACAAACCUAAGGGCUUUAAGGCCGUCCUCGUAGCCCUCGCUAGUGGAGAGGUCCAUGUCUUUAAGGAAAAGUAUCUGGUUGACAUAAUCAAGGUGGAUGAUGUUGUCACAGCGAUGAGGUUUGGGCGAUUUGGGCGCGAGGAUGGGGCACUCAUCAUGGUCACCCAGAGCGGAGGUUUGAUGAUAAAGAUAUUGAAGCGUACAGCAGUAUUUGAGGAGAAAGAUCUCUCCGGCGGUCCUCCAGCAGCGCAGAAUAUAAAACUGAACGUCCCCAAGAAAACCAAGCUUUUUGUUGACCAGACACUCAGGGAGAGAGAAAAUGCAGUUACCAUGCACAGAACAUUCCAGCGAGACCUGUACCUUCUGAGACUGAACACCGCGAGAGCUUACGCCAAGGCCCUUAACCAGAGCAUGAACCCAAUCUCAACAAACCCAAAUGAACCAUUAAAACUCUCUGCUCAGGUGCAGGGAAUUGGCCCCACGUUCAAGUUGAGUGUUAACCUCCAGAACACGUCCCUCAACCAGGCAUCAACAAAUCUUCAUAUCACAUUUGACUUUGACGAGAAACUCUAUAACUUCAGAAAAACAUACAUCUCGGUUCCAAUGCUCGUUCCUGGCUUGAAUUAUGCGUUUGAGACGUAUAUUGAAUGUUUGAAUGACAAGGGGAUCUCAGAUACUGUAAAGGUUUAUGUCCUAAAAGACAACACCAGCGUUCCAAUUAUAACUGGCGUAAUUAGCAUGCCUGUCAGUGAAACAUUGGUGGUCGUGUAGGUCGGCUUACAUUUUAUGGAGUACUUUGUGAGAACGAAUAACAUGAGCAUGUUAUCCAAUGUGAACUGACACCAGUUGUUGUCCCAAAAUAGUAUAUACUUUUUGAAUAAUCGUCUAUAUUCAACUGAUCUGUCAGUGUCGCCUUUUGCUGUGUAGGAUGCAAACAUUUGAUUUGGGAUAUAAUUAACUGAUUGAAAUUACAAUGUGAGAAUGUGGUCCAAUGUGAGGGCUGAUCACAAAUGUGUUAACAGUACUUGUAAUUGUUAAAAGAAAUUACUUCAGUUUAUUUUUAUUUAUUUUAGCUUGACUGUGAUGAAAGCUAAUAGCUUUUAAAAUCGGCCUUGAGUCUGUUUCCUGGCUUGAACCAGUACUGUGUCCUUUUUGAGGGGCCAUGAGAAAAGACCCCUGGUAAAUAUCAAACCCACAAUCUCUUGGGUGAUAGGUGAACACCUAUACCACUAGACCACUCACUCUCAUCCCUUCACUUUGCAAUGAGACUGACUGAUAAAGCUUUCCAAAGUUAAAAUAUAAUUUAAUUUGGUGACCAUCUGCUAAAAACACAAGUCACUAAAUUGAAUGCAGAGAGAUACACCAGCCCACACAGACUUCAAGUAAAUGACAAACACACAAUUAUACAUCCAAGAAAAAUCAACUCGCCUAGUUAGGCAUCCAAAAUGUAUCGCACCCCUGUAUUUAUCACUCUUCAUUCAUCUUGAUUUUUUUUCUGGAAUGACCUUUGUAAGAGAGAGCUAUUUAUAUAUUAGUAAGUAUUCUGUUUUGCCAUUUUACAGGUCUGGCUGUCUCUUUGAUUUGUAGACAUUUUAAAUGAAUUAUGUUAAGAGUGACAUGCGAGAUAUACAAUUGAGUCACAUAGGGACUGUAAUGAGAAGAUGUAUUUUUUUAUUGACAUCAAGUAAUUUAACUGAUGUUGACGCACUGUGGGCCUUGACACUAGAUAUUAAAUUUAUCAUGGUUUUGCAAAUGUCUAGAAACUUCUUAAUUUUAUGAGUACAGCCAGGAGAUUUUCAGGAAUUAAUUAUCUGUGAUUAGUUGUGUUUAAACUAAUCUUGUUUGUGUAUAACUUCUGUUAGCUGCCGUCUGUGAAAAAGCAACAGUUUUACUCCUCCAAUUUGCGACAUCCCUCGUAACAGUUGACAUUAUUACAGUGUUUGUUGUUUAUCAUUUGCUAAUGCAUUUUUUUCAUGGUAAAAUUAUUAUAAGAUUUGUUGGAUAAUGUUUAUGCUAAGAGUGUUAUAGGGACAUUUAUCCUUUUGAUUUUAAAGUGACACUCUUAUUCAAAAUCAAUACAAACACAUGUAUAACAAACAUAAAUUAGGCCUGAAAAAAACAAACAUUUGGUUCGGGUUAGGCGCCGACCCUAACGUUUUUAUAGUCAGUUUGAAAAAAAAAAUGAAAAACUAAAAAAUAAAUAAAAAUAAAAUAAAAAAUAAAAUCUUUUUCUUUUGCUUUUCAAUAUGUAGUUUAAAACCUUAAUUGCUUAUAUAGAAGAUAACUUUAACACCAUUCUCCAAUAAAAAAAGCCUACCUACCCUACCUAUUUUUGAAAAGGAUGUAACCCUAACCAAACAAUUUUUUUUAGGCCUUAUGAGUGAUAAAUCUUUGGUACCUACUAAAUAAUGCAUUAAUGGAAAAUAUUAAUUAAUGAUAACAGGAUUGUAACCAUGUUUUUAAUAGCUGAAAAUGCAAAUAUAUUAAAUGAUUGGUGAGUGCUAAAAGAUUUACUAUGAUCUACCCUUGUCUCGUAAGAUAGAAAUACUGUGUUUUCAGCACCUUUCUUUCAAAUUAAACUCAGUAUCCUUCAUAAGAACCAUUGUUUUAGACAUUUAUUCAUCAUUUAGUAUAUUAAAACCAUUGUAUUAAUUGUGGUAAAUCUUACUUGAAGUAAGAGUGCAUCUUUUAAAUAUGUAAAACAUGUUAUUGAUGCACGUUUUCUAAGCUGAAACCCACUUACUAUUAAAAAAGUUUUUGAACAUAAUUAUUUAUUUGCAUUAAGGACAUAUUUGAGCAUCAGUAUUUAUUUAGUAUUUUAAUGUACUUUUUCGGACCAAAAAUAAUUGUUUGUUGGAGGUAAACAACAAUGUUGUUAACUUGAACAAUCGGUCAAUUGACUUAAUAAUUCUUGACCUUAAGACCUGAUUAUUUUUGUCAUAUGUUUGUUGACAAGAAGACCCUUUCAGCCAUGUGGGGCAAAAAAAAUAAUUUUCUGCCUAAACUUCAUAUAUAUUCUGUAAGGGCUAGAAAAAAAUGCUUCUGCCCUCCGUGCUUUCAGCUAUACAAAUUUCCAUUAUAGUAAUGUGCUACUUCAUAUGUUUUGUUUUUUGUUGUCUGUGAUCCGUCCAUUAUUCUUCAUUAAUUCUAUGUAUAAAAAUGAAAUUAAUAAUACAAUAGAAUUUGCUUAGCCUUGUUUGCUUGCAUCUUUUAACUGUGUAUGGUCUUUUUUUUAAAAACAAUAUAUUGUCAUGGAAACUACAGAAACAAGCCUAACUGCUAAAACCCUUGUACUGUCUUCUUGUUAAAUUGCGUAAGGAUGAAGGGCAGUUUCAAGUUGUCAGUUCAAUAUUAUUAUAAAGUCAACGUGACUGCUUGUAUUAAAGCUGCACUCUCACAGAUAAGAUAGUUUUUAGCCGGAUUUUUCAUUGAAAAAUCACGGGUUAUAGAAUGGCGAAAACCGGGCGUUGCGGGCGGGCGGGCGUUAACAAUUCUGCGUUUAAGUUUUCAUUUUAUGUAAUAAAAUCAAGAGUUUUUAUCCCAUGGUUAUCAAACUUGGUCAAACUAUUUGUCGGCAUGUUAUCUUGAAUAUAUAUGAAUAUGGGUCAUCUCGGGUCAAACACUAGGUCACUAGGUUAAAUCUUUAGAAGAAAUAUUUCACGGUAAUCAAUUCAAUAAUUUUAAUCAAAUCGUGAUGAAAUCUGGUCAGAAUAUUUGUCUGCAUAAUAUCUUGCUUAUUUUUUUUAUCCCGGGUCAAAUUCUAGGUCACUAGGUCAAAUAUUAGGAAAAUCUUUCCACGGCAUAAAUUCAUUUUUUUGUCAAAUCUUAAUGAAACUUGGUCAGAAUAUUUGUCUGCAUAAUAUCUUGAAAGUUCUUUAAUAUGGGUCAUCCCCGGUCAAAAUCUAGGUCACAAGGUCAAAUCUUAGGAGAAAGAAUUCCACGGUCAUAAAAAUUCAUUAAUUUUUGUCAAAUCUUUAUGAAACUUGGUCAGAAUAUUUGUCUACAUGUUGUCUUAAACAUUUGUGAAUAUGGGUCACCUCAGAUCAAAAACUAGAUCAACUAUUUUCCCGAUGUCAUAAUUUUUUUCUAUGUUUACCAAACCUAUCAAUUUCAGUCAACAACUAAAUUCAAUAUCUACCCAUUUUUUUCAAAAAUUUAAAUUUUAAUUAACUUUAAAAAUAUUUGUGUACAUGAAAUCUUAGAUGAUAAAGUGUGUCAUCUAGGGUCAAAAACUAGGUCUCUGUGACGGAUCUUAUUGGAAAAGCUGAUGUAUUUAUAAAAUGUUCAUUUUACUCACACAAAUUGAAUAGUUUCUGUUGAUCAGGUUAUUUGUAUGAACGAUAUCUCCGAUAAGUAUAAAUAUGGGUCUUUUUGGUUAUAAAUACUAGGUCACUAGCUCAAAUCCUAGGUUUGCAAAAUUGCAUCGUCGAAUAAAAAAUCCUGCUUUAAUGCGGCGUUGCCGCAUUGGCGUCUUGUUACUUUUAAUUAUCGGCUCAUAAUCAGCUCAUUGGGCACCAAUGCCUUCAAUUCAGAUAACUCGUAAUAGAUCUCAAUUGUUUGGAAAACUGCCGAAUAAACAUACUUUCUUAAGUCUUAGUCAUUCUUUUAGCCAUAA